AUGCUGGAUCAGAUUCACUUGCUGGCUGCUGUGACAGUCCUGGGAGUCCUGGAGCAAGCUUACUUCUCCCUCCAGGUGAUCUAUGCCAGGCGGGCGUACGGGAUCUCUCCUCCAAAAGUCUCAGGGCCACCUGAUUUUGAGAGGGUCUUUCGAGCACAGGUGAAUUGCUCUGAGUAUUUCUCCAUUUUCUUGGCUGUUCUCUGGCAGGCUGGCCUCUUCUUCCAUCAAGGUCUGACUGCUGCCUUGGGCCUGCUUUAUCUCUAUUCCCGCUACCACUAUUUUGUGGGGUAUAAGGAGUCCUCCUUGGGAAGGUUAGCCCCAAUGUAUUUCAGCACUGGAGUUCUCUGGAUUCUUAUUGGACUCGCAGCAGUUGGGAUCUUGCAUUUCUUGCUCUCUCACUAUGUGGGGAUGAAUGUCCUUCUGUUCAUUAGCUUGUGA